GGGCGCGCGAGGAAACAAACAAACAAACAAAACAACACGAAAAGGCCGAUGUCACAGAUUUCUUCCGCUUUCUCCUUUUUUCAUUCGUGUUUCUUCCACUCAUCCCCGGUGAUUUCCACACUGUACCACAACCUCCGCCCAGCACGAGAAGCAUCGUAUAUCUCUUGCUUUCGCACUGCUGGAUAACAACGGCUAAGUCUUUUCUUAACUGACUGCCCUUUUUCUUUUCUUCCUUUACUUACUGCUGCGUUCAGCUCUGCUUCCUCGUCUUGAAAACUCAAACAUCGGCGUGUUUAUAAACCUCCAAAACGACCCUCAGCGAAGUAAAUCAAAGCUUUCUUUUUUUCUUCUUCUCUUCUUCAUUCUCCCUCGUCACCAUGUCCGGCGCCCAUCAGUAUUACACCGCCACCGGACGUGCCCUGCCGCUGCCACCGAAGCGUACCCCGUCCCGGCACAGCGACAUCCUGCGACUGCCCACCCACCGUGCGGAGGAGCAGCGCAGCAUCACCGUCCGCGCCGACUCCCCCGGCCGGACCGAGACGCCGCGGGGAGGGGAGUUCCACGACAUCCCGGCGAGUCAACGGAGGGCCUCGCAGCUGGUCGUCUACCACGGCCCGACCAGCAACCCGCCCAACGCCCCCCUGGCCUCCCCCUCGCAGAGCGCAAGCGCGGCUUCCUCUAAGAGCAAAGGAAACAAAAGCGCGUCACUAAACGUGAACGCGGCCAGCGAGAGGGGCUACGGCCGCCCCAGCACUUCAAAGCGGGAGUGGGGGCGUAUAUUGCCCGGCUCCCGCAGCCGCAGCGACAGCAGCUCGCCGUGUUUGAACUGCAUGAAGUCGGCGGAAGGGGGAGACGACGACGAAGAGUGGUGGCGUGGGGGCCGCAGUGACGCAGCGCCGUCGGAGCAGCUGCGGUCGAACCCGAUCUCCAGCACACACCACAGUCGCGCACGAGAGGAGCACGACAGGCGGCUGAGUCACGACCAUCCGAGUUCGCAGAGCCGCAACAACUCUGUGAAGCGCUCCGUGCGCAGCUGCUCGUCAGGGAUGGGUGGCAGCAGUCAGCCUCGAGAGCGGAGCGCCCCUUUUGCACCGCACGAAGACGAUCCUGCGCAGCGCAGUUGGCACUUUCCACCACAGCCGUCAGCGCUGCUGCCGCAUGUCAAUGAAAGUCAAGCAGCCGCCUCCUCGCAGCGGGACAACGUCAGCUGCCACCGCCAGGGCCCACCGUCUCGCAGCUACUCGGAGAAAGAGGUCAGCCCCCCCCGCUCCGUUGGCUCUCGAAAAGGCAAUGCGGAGCCGCAGCACCGGCAGACGUGCAAUGGCAGCAGCCGGUGCAGCAGCGGCAACGCACGUCGCGCCACCGUGGACCGUCACGACCACCUCUACAGUCAGCAAAAGAUCGAAGAGCGUCGCGCCUCGCAGUCGGCGGCGGUGGAGUCGCGGGAUACGCCGUUUCGAUCCCACGCCGGCAGCCAGGCAGUGGCCCUUGCCCCAGCCGCUGCAGAGGCGAAGCGUAGCACCCGCGCAUUACGAAGUGACGCGGACCCGCUGGAGAUGAACACGCCCAUCGCCGAUCGCGUGCGGCAGCGCUCCGUUGCGUCGGCGAACCACUACACGAGUGCUACACCACACGCAGCCGGCACGCUGGAAGGGACGGAGUUGCUGCCGUCGCUGCCGCGACUGCAGGGGUGCACGACGGACAACGGCGAGGACGGCGCGCGGACGUAUUGCACCGUCGUGCGCUUCAUCGAGUACCAACCAGAGACGGAGCGUCAAACGCUGGAGGCGAUGCUGCACGACUUCAACGACCAGGAGGGCAAGUUGUGUGCGCUGCUGACGGAGGUCUACGGCGAAGAUUUUUAUGUUGUCAAGUCGGCGUGCCCUCGCGGACCGUCUCAAGGCGUCGAGUGUGCCUGA